AUUUGUUGAGUGCAGUAUUCCAAGCAUGAAAACAUCAACAAGCAUUAACUUUCACAUUUAAUGCUUCCACCUACACUUACCCCAUUUUCAUAACUAGUAGUUUUAACUCAUUUAUUGCACACUCUUUCUCUUUCUCUCUUGUCCUUGCCGGUAACUCAACACCACCACCCUUCAACAAUCCAUUUCUACUAUACUUUCUAUCUUCACUACCAAAUCAAAUCUAUUAGCUACUUCAAAAAAAAAAAUGGUGCAACAAGAGUUUAUUUUACCAACUUUUACAAAAUGUGAGUUUCGUUCUCAUUACAAACUAAAAGACAAUAGCUUCACUUGAAUUGGAAUUGGAACUUGGAGCUUAAUUGCUUUUUUCUUCUUGGUAAGUUUAGUUACUUUACACCUCUCUAGACAAAUCAUCAAAAAGUGUGGAACUUUCUCUUUUCAUCAUCCAAAAUGUACAAAAGAUCCAAUAAAAAUCCUUGCUUUUUGCCUAGAAACCCAUAAUGAAGAUUCUGAUUUUUUUAAGUCCUUUUCUUCUACAUUGCUAUCUCAAUGAAAAAUUGUGAGAAAAAAUCACAUCUUUGUAGAUGUAUUUAAUAUUAUGAGUCAUGUUUCUUGUUGAGUAAUCAAUAGGUAUUGUAUUUUUUAUUCAUGAAAUGAAAGUUGGAAACAAACAAGAGUCUAUGUUGUCUCAAAUCCAACCAACAUUUUUGGUAAAGAUUUAACCUUUAGCUAUAAAAAAAUAGUUUUUGAGUCUCUAGGUAUCAUGGGGUUCUCAAAAAAACAAUUCUUAACCUACCUUUUGAAUACUAUACUAUUUAAGGUUGUUGUUUUUUCAUGGUUAUGGUUACAAGUUACAAGUCUUGGUUCCAUGUCAUCAAUUGCUGUCUCUUAUGGAGAUAAAGGUUCUGCUUUCUGUGGUUUGAAAUCAGAUGGAUCUCACACAGUUACAUGUUAUGGAUUCAACUCAGCUAUAGUUUAUGGAACACCAUCUCAUUUUCCAUUCAUAGGUUUAACUUCUGGUGAUGGUUUUGUUUGUGGACUUUUAAUGAGUUCAAAUCAACCAUAUUGUUGGGGCAGUAGUAGCCAUAUAGAAAUGGGUGUGCCACAACCUAUGGUUAAAGAUGCUCAGUACUUAGAAAUCAGUGCCGGCGAUUAUCAUGUUUGUGGAUUGAGGAAGCCUUUGACAGGAAGAUUCAGAAACAUUUCUUAUGUUGAUUGUUGGGGCUAUAACAUGACAAAGAACUAUGUUUUUGAUGGACAGAUUCAAUCGAUUUCGGCAGGUUCGGAGUUCAAUUGUGGACUUUUUUCGCAGAAUAGGACGGUUUUUUGUUGGGGUGAUGAGGUUAGUAGUCAAGUUAUUAGGUUGAUUCCACAGGGUAUGAGGUUUCAGAAGGUGUCCUGUGGAGGGUAUCAUGUAUGUGGAAUUUUGGAAGGUGUGAAUUCUAGAACUGUUUGUUGGGGAAGAAGCUUGGAUAUGGAGGAAGAAAUUUCAUUGAUUCCUAAUCAAGGACAAGGUGGUAGGGUUGAGUUGGCACCAAAUGAUCCUAUGCUUUCUGUUGUUGGAGGUAAGUUUCAUGCCUGUGGCAUUAAGAGCUAUGAUCAUGGUGUGAUUUGUUGGGGGUUAAGUUUGAAAACAAGUACAAAGGUUCCUAAAGGGAUUAAAGUGUUUGAAAUUGCAGCUGGUAACUAUUUUACCUGUGGAAUUCUUGCUGCAAAAUCUCUUGAGCCUAUUUGUUGGGGUGUUGGAUUUCCAACUUCUGUUCCUUUGGCUGUUUCACCAAGAAAGUGUUUGUCUACACCUUGUUCUCCUGGUUACUAUGAAAUUGAAAAGGAUCAACAAAAGGGUGAUCUAAUCUGUAAGGAUCCAAAUUCUCACCUUUGUGUUCCUUGCAGUACUGUUUGUCCUGAUGAAAUGUAUCAGAAAAGUGGUUGCAAUUUGAAAUCUGAUAUAUUGUGUGAAUAUAAUUGUUCGGUUUGUUCUUCACCUGAAUGCUUCUCAAAUUGUUCUACCUCUUCAUCCAAUGCUGCUAAUGGGAAGAAAAAUGAAAGAUUUUGGUCAAUGCAAUUGAUAGUUGUUGUUGCUGAGAUAGUAUUUGCUAUUUUUAUAGUUAGUGUUGUGUCUAUAACCGCAGUUAUGUACGUUCGCUACAAGCUAAGAGGUUGUGAGUGUUCAACAACAGCGUUGAACUCGGUGAAGAGACUCAAUGUUGGUUCUUCGGUUCAAAAGGAGACCGGUAAGAUUCGACCGGAUGCAGAGGAGUUAAGGAUAAGGAGGGCUCAGAAGUUCACCUAUGAGGAACUUGAAAAUGCAACUAGUGGCUUCAAAGAAGAAUCCAUAGUUGGAAAAGGAAGUUUUUCAUGUGUGUUCAAAGGUGUUCUCAAAGAUGGAACAGUUGUUGCUGUUAAAAGGGCUAUCAUGUCUCCAAACAUGCAGAAAAAUUCUAAAGAAUUUCACACUGAACUUGAUUUGCUCUCUAGAUUGAACCAUGCUCAUUUGCUCAACCUAUUAGGUUAUUGUGAAGAAGGUGGUGAAAGACUGCUUGUUUAUGAGUACAUGGCUCAUGGAUCAUUGCAUCAACACCUCCAUGGCAAAAGUAAAGAGUUGAAAGAACAAUUGGAUUGGAUCAGAAGAGUAACAAUUGCAGUCCAAGCGGCUCGAGGAAUCGAGUACUUGCACGGCUACGCAUGUCCGCCCGUGAUUCACAGAGAUAUCAAAUCUUCAAACAUACUCAUUGAUGAAGAACACAAUGCUAGAGUUUCCGAUUUCGGUCUAUCAUUACUCGGUCCGACAGAUAGUAGCUCGCCACUUGCCGAGUUACCGGCCGGAACACUCGGUUAUCUUGAUCCCGAAUACUAUAGACUUCACUACCUCACAACAAAAUCAGAUGUUUAUAGCUUUGGUGUUCUACUAUUAGAAAUUCUAAGUGGUAGAAAAGCUAUUGACAUGCAAUAUGAAGAAGGUAACAUUGUUCAAUGGUCAGUUCCAUUAAUAAAAUCGGGCGAUAUAGCUUCGAUUUUAGACCCUUGUUUGAAACAACCUUCUGAUAUUGAAGCAUUGAAAAGAAUAGCAAAUGUUGCUUGUAAAUGUGUGAGAAUGAGAGGUAAAGAUAGGCCUUCAAUGGACAAAGUAACAACAAGUUUGGAAAGAGCAUUAGCAAUGUUAAUGGGAAGUCCUUGUAUUGAUCAACCAAUUUUACCAACUGAAGUUGUUUUAGGAAGUAAUAGAAUGCAUAAGAAAACAUCUCAAAGGUCUUCGAAUAGGUCGGCUUCGGAAACCGAUGGAGUUGAAGGUGAAGAUCAAAGAUUUGAGUUUAGAGCACCUUCUUGGAUAACUUUUCCAAGUGUUACUUCAUCUCAAAGGAGAAAAUCUUCAGGAUCAGAAUGUGAUGUUGAAGUGAAGAUUAUUGAAGGAAGAAAUUAUGGUAAUGUUGUUGGUGGAGGUGGUGAUGUUUUGAGAAGUCUUGAAGAAGAGAUUGGUCCUGCUUCUCCACAAGAGAGACUCUUCUUGCAACACAAUUUCUAAUUUUUUUUUAUCAAGCAAAGAUUUGUAUCAUGUAGUAAAAAACAAAACAUCAUGGUUUAGUUUUUGUUACAAAAAUGAUGAUGAUGUUAGUGGCUACGUUAAUUUAGUGUUGCAUGUAAUUUUUUGUUUGAUUAUGAAUCCAACUGUGACAUUAUUUAGUUUUGUAUCUUUUGAGAGCUAUGUUUUAGAUUCUUUGAUGCAACUAGCUUAGGAUGUAAUCAUGUAUUUUAUGUAAUGUAACUAUCAUCUCAUUUUAUUGAUUGUAAAACGUAGUAUCUUUGUCAAUUUCUAUGACAACAUUGGUUUUUUCUUAUUAUUAUGCACUAAGUGACAAAUAAUAAGUUGAAAUUAAAUUUUGUUGAUUUUAAAGCGUUUUCUUCCACGUUUAUUAAGGCAAAAAAAUUGAAAA